CUUGUGUCGUCUGUCAUUCGCUCGGCCACAUGGGUCCAGAUUUCUUACCUGUCCGGUCCGUCCACUAAAGCUUCAUUCAGCCUCAGCUUCCUAUCUACCGCCGCCGUCUCCGAAAAGGUGAAGGUAAUGGCUGCCUAAGCACCUAGACUGCCCUGGCAAGGCGAGUGCAAGUCGACAACAUUUCUCUUGCGAGGCUCAACGUUGUUGCGAGCAGUUCCCCCCCUUCUUGGUAACUGGAUUUCUGUGCCUACUACCUACCUACCUACCUACCUAUUCAAGUUCCUCGCGAGGUUGCCGUCAUGCCGUACAGUGUUUUGAAUCCCGAUUCACCUGUCGUGGUCCUGGUCAUUGGUUCGUCGCAGAAUGGCAAGACGACCUUCAUCAACCGCAUCGUGCCUAUGUCAAGCAAAAAGGUUGAUUUCGGCAAGGAGGGCGGUGGGUGCACCAGCUGCACCACCAAAGCUGGCUUCUACGACGUCGAAAUACCGAUUUCAGAGUACGCCAUAUUUGACCGGGAAACGCGGGCCGAGAUCGAUGUACCCGACAUCGCCGUCGAUGGACGAGCAGAGGGUCCUGGACGGGAACUGGUGGCGCAAGCAGAGCAGCUCCCGCUUCGACAUCUGGCUUCGCGACCCUGACGGGCCGUACCUGAGGCUGCGCCUGAUCGACACGCCGGGGCUCGACGACAGUGCCAACAAGGACUUUGAGAACAUGCAAGAGGUGCUGACGGAGCUCAACGCGCUGGCCAAGUCGAAUGUCGAGUGGCAGCGCAGCAUCAAAGCCAGUGUGCUCAUCUACAACCCCAACACUCAAAGCCAAAGUCGACGAGAUGGAUACCGCUGACCUGGUUGAGAUGUGGAGCCGCUACGGGCGGUCAGGGACCCCGCGAGCCCACGCCAUUCGACGUGGAGUUCGUACGACGAUCUUA